GCCCCAGCCCCGCGCUGCCAGCUCUGCCUCAGAAGCAGGUCCCACAGCAGCCGGGCCCGCAAAUCCCUGCCCCCCAGCCCGGUCGGGGUCCCGCAGCAGAGCGCCCAGGGCAAGGGUGCUACCUGCACACGGAGGCCAGCUCCCAAAGCUGCCACUCAGGCCUGCGCCAGCCUUCCUGGGACGCGGGCCAAGGGGUCUGGGCCCUGCGCGUGAACUCUGGCCGCUUGGCCCAGCUCCUGUUUUCUUCUUGCUGACAUCUUGUGACUUUUUAUGGCCCUGGUGGGAAUGGGAAGGAGCCUGCAGGAAGCUGGUGAGGCCGGGGAAACCUGCCUGAGCGGCGGGCGUGGGAGCUCCUGUCUCCGUGGCCUUCCCUCGGCCACCUUGGAUAAAGGAGUCACAGCAGCUGUGUGUUCCCCUGCGUUGGCCUGUCCUCCCUGCAACACCUCCGGCUUAUUGGUGCGCUCAGGUUUUUUCUUCAAGUGCUCACACCAAAUGACAGGAUUAGUGAUAAGAUCACUGUAACACAACAAAAUAUGGUACAUAUGGAUGAAGACCCAAAAAGACUGGACUAAAAUCAUCAAAGCCAACAACUAUGACCUUCUGUGAAGAGCCUGCCUACUUUUUAAUUCAGCAUAUAUACAGCACCAGACAUUGACACAGCAAACACGGGUAACACACUCCUGAACUUGAAGAGCUCGGGAUCCAGUCAAGUCAAGACAGAUGCAGAUAACAGGACCUAAAAGAAGAGCUCAGGAGGCCGGGUGAAGGAAUCUUGGAUGGAGAAAGGAUUGUUACAGGUGUAAUAAUGCUCAGCAUUUGUAUAGCACUUUCAAACUGCUGCCUGGACAUUUACUAAUUGUCUUCACUGCAAUAAUCUCUGUGAAGUAGCAUGUCUCACUGAUGGAGUCUGAAGAGACCAGUGAGGGAGGCCUGGCUUCCCCAGGAACCAGCAGCCCCAGGAAAGAAAGCCCUGAACCUCUGCUAUCCAGAAGGGGACAACAUGCCACCACUGUCACGAUGUGCACUGGGCUUUCUGCCUCUGCCCUCAUUCCCCAGGACCCUGUGAGCCUCCUUUCUGCUGAGGAAGCAGCAGAGAUGUGGGACAAAUCCCCCAACCCUGUGGAAGAAGUACCAGAACCAGAGGAGGGAGAUGUCAGGCACUGGGAAGGGCUCCUGGAGCGGGAGGGAGAUCCUACAGUACUAGAGACGACUCCACUGGAGAAGGAGAAAUGGGUCCAGCCUUUGAACUCUGACCAGGGAAAGUUAGCUCACCCUGAAAGCAGCCAGUAUUCUUCCUCUCCCAACCCAGUUGUGGAGGUGCCAAGCUCUACCCUAGACACCCAUGUUAAAUUUCCUCAGGACCAGGCACAGGCCUGGGCAUCUCUUGAUGCUGUCCCCCAGGUACAGCAUGAGGAAAGCUCUGCGGCAGAAACUGUUUGUGAUCAGAGGGAACCAGCCACCAAACGUUUCCUGGUGUGUAAGACCAUUUCAGAGGGUUGUUACAAGACUGAGCCUUUGCAUGAUGGUAUUAUGAGGAAGCCCCUGAAGCAGACAGAGGCCGUAAGUGGGAUCAGCAAAGAUUCUUUAGCAAGGGCAAAAGAUGUGAUAGGUGAGGACCCUUUUCCUGGGACAGAGACAGUGGGCAGGAUGACACCCAAGCCUUGUAUGGAUAAUGGUGACAAGGGCCAAGAAUUCCAGGGAGGGGAAGAGCCUUCCUCUCCACAUCACCCACCUCCCACUUUCUCGGGGAACAGCCAGGGAAAGACACAGUUGACUGGGGAAAACACAGAAGGAGAGAUGACCCUAUCCCCCUGUGAGAGAGGGAGCAAUUCUUCAAUCUCAGAUCAGGGAGUGGAAAUGGUUUCUAAGCAAAGUCCCUCUGGUCCUAUAGAACCCUGCCCCCCAAAGGAGGAGGAAGACCAUGGUAGAGUAGGAGGCAGCAGCACUGAAUCACCAAGACAAAGCAUCUCCCAAGCAAAGACUGCUGCAGAAAAUAUGGAAGAAGUGGAUGAGUCCCAGCAUGAGGAGCCAGAGCCAGAGCAGGGGGAGACGAAAGAGAAGCCUAAACUGAAGCAGACAGAGCUGGAGGAGCAAAUGCUGAAAGAGGAGCAGCAGCUUGAUAUGGACUUACCAGAACAGGAGUUGGAAAAUGAGGAGGAUGGGGGAUGGAAUAAAGUGGGCCAGGAGCCAGGGGGGGAAACAGUGGAGAUAGAGGCUUCACUGCAAGUAUUGAGUCCAAGGACACAUUCAGUCUCCCAGCCCAAAGUGGAUCUCCACAGUUUGGGAGACAGCAUUUCUUUGGCUGAGGGGAUAGGACCAGCCCUUCCUUCUGAGGAACCUGUCUCCCAAGGGCAGCCCCUGGGUGAGGGUAUAUUGCCAAAGGCCUGUGCACAAGCCCAGCCACCUGAAGAGGUGAUGUCUGGCUAUCUGAGCCCCAUGAGCAAGAGUCCCCUGACACAUUCCCACACCUGCCACAUCUCUGAGCAACUGGAAGGCCUAGGGAUCUCUGGCACUUCUAGCUGCAUUUCUAUUAGCAGCCAAGACCAUGGAGAAACCACUCAGGAUGACAGAACCAGAACCAGCAACAGCAAAGACUGUCACUGCAAUGGAGACAGGCCAGAUCAGAGCUUUGCUGAUGGAGGAGAUAUGCCCUUCAGUGGAGAAGCAAUAUUCUCCAGAGGUGCAGAGAAUCUGGACUCUCCCAGGCCCAUGCAUCUUUUUUCUGAUGCUAAAAAGGUAGAGUCACCUGGCCCUACAGAUCCCCAUCUUGUUGCAGAAAGCCCAGAGAUUCCCGGACAUCAGGAUCUCACUCCAGCCUCACCCUCAGAUCUCAGCUUGGCAGCAGCAUCCACUGAUCUAACUCAGGAGGAUGGUGAGAAAAGAGCUGACCAAACUGAGCAGGAGAUGACUAAGCAGGCUUCCUGUCCACUGGACACGGUGCCUGGUGAAGGAGCCCCAGCAUCUGCCAGCACAGUAGAUGCCCAGACUCCCCAGAGGCUGGUUACCUCUGACAAAGCCCUUCAUGAAGAGCCUGGCACCCAACCUUCCUUCUCCGUGGUUUCCAGAAAUCCCCCCUCUGGGCAGAGCCCGACCAAGGAUGGCAAGUGCACAGAACCCACCCCUUCCCCUGCAGAUUUGGUGCCCCUGGAAUCACCCCAAACACUAGAUGGGGCUCCUGCACCAUUGACCUAUCAAGAAAACCUCCAGCAGCACCAAAAGUCACACUCCAGAAGCUUUGUUUUCCAGGGAAAGGAAACAGGAGCAAACAUGGAUCAUGCAGUACAACAUAGCCCUUCACUAGAUCAGUCUCAUUUGAGCCCAGACUUGGAAGAGGCUAUAUCCAGGACCCUCGAGGCCCCAAACACUGUCUUCCAGCCCUCUGAAGAAACAGUGGUCUUUGCCAUGGACCAGCAAGGACAGCCACCAUCUCCAGUGCAUGACACCAGCCUUCCCCUAGCUCCUGACCCUGAUGUUACCCCACUUCCCCAGCCUCCAUCCCAUGUGACUGACUCUACCCAGUCCUCAGCCCUUGAGUCUGAUACCAGCCCCCCCGCCCUUAUACUUGACACUGACCCACCGUUGCUUCCCAUACCCAGGUCCAAUCCAUCUCUAGCCUAUACACCAGACUGUGACCACUUACCAGGCACUGCUCCCAGUGCCAGUCACCCCACACAAACUGUAGUCUCUGUGCCUGAGAACGACAACCUUGCUUUGGCCUCUGACUCCAACAGAGAUGGAGUGGAGAAGCAGCCCCUCAUGACCAAGAAAGAGGAGAUGAUGAAGCUCCAUCAAGAUUUCAGGGACUCAGAGACACAGGAUGUGGGGACCACCAGUGACUUGCAGGCAAGCCUGUUGGCUAGGAACUCAGAUUUUCCAGUGUGUGGAAAUGAGGUCUCAGAGGUCUGCUCUGAUGACAGCCGUGCAGCUAUGGAGAUGCACGAUGGAAAAUCCCCCCCAGACUGUCCCCCCAGGGCCUUGCCGAGAGCCCAGAGAACACCUACAGACUCUUUGCCCAGAAAUUUGGUACAGCCACUUCCAGCCCUAGCAUUCACCAACCCAAUCCAUUUUCUCCAGUUCAGCCCUCCAUCUCCACCAACCAUCAGGAUCCUGUACCGACAAAAACCGGUCAUGGAGGAGCCAUUGUGGGACCAACAGCUGGCUAGCACCAUUGGAGAAGAUACCAGGAGCACUCCCACCCCUGUUGCCAUUAUGAAGACAGCAGAGGGUAUGAGGCCAUGCAGACAUAAGCUGGUCGGUCAGGGAGAGCUGCUCCCCUCGCUGGCCCAGCAGGCAGAGGAAGUAACUAGGCACAUGCCCUUGGAAAAGUCAUCGAGUUGUCCAGAAAAAAAAGUCAUCAGGGUAGAGGUACCAGAGCAGAAAACCCUGGUUAAACUCCGAGCAAAAAGCAAAGAUUGGCACCGGCAGGGCCUGAAGCGGGUCUCGGAAUUGCCAGACAGCUUGCACCAUGAGGAGGAAGCACACAGAGUCCAGCCAGUCAGCUCAGAAACCGUUCUGUUCCGGGAGAAGAAACCCAUAGACACAAGGGAACAGUUCAGGCACCGACAUUCAAAACUAAUCAACUCCUCAAGAUUACUCUACCAGGAGUACAGUGACGUGGCUCUGAACAAAGCAAUUCAGAGCCAGAAGAGAGCUGAUUCUUUGGCAGAGGACAUAGAACUGAGCUCUCCCAACUCCCCAAGGUUACGGAGGAAAGUGCUCUCUCCACAGGACUCGUAUCUGCAGCGCCUCUCUGUUUCGUCCAAUGCAUCUCUCUGGCAGGACAUCCCCAUGGUCCGAGGGAGCAGGAUGCUAAUGAACAUGUCCCGUGAAGAUCAGAAGCUACAAGAGGCCAAGUUUGAGUUGAUCAUGUCUGAGGCCUCAUACCUUCGCAGUUUAAAUGUGGCAGUGGAUCACUUCCAACGAUCACCUGAGCUCCAGGCAGUCCUUUCCAAUCAAGAGCGCCAGUGGCUUUUCUCUCGCCUCCAGGAUGUGCGUGACGUUAGUGCCAGUUUCCUUUUUGACCUGGAGGAGAAGUUCGAGGAGGACAUGUUCACCUUCCAUGUGUGUGAUGUGGCCCUGAGGCACGCCCUGGAGUUUCGCCGGGUGUAUCUGCCCUACGUGACAAAUCAGACUUAUCAGGAGCAGACCUUCCGGAGGCUUCUGAAUGGAAAUACAGGGUUCCAGCAAGUCCUGGAGAGACUGGAGAGUGACCCAGUGUGCCAGCGCCUCUCCCUCAAAUCCUUCCUCAUCCUCCCCUUCCAACGCAUCACCCGGCUCAAGCUCCUCCUGCAGAAUAUAUUGAAGAGAACACGGCUUGGCUCUGAGGAAGAGGUGCAGGCCACACAGGCUUAUGAUGCACUUGAGAAGCUCAUCAAGGACUGCAAUGAGAAUGUCCAGCGCAUGAAGAGCACGGAGGAGCUGAUCUACCUCAGUCAGAAGAUCGAGUUUGAGUGCAAGAUUUUCCCAUUGAUCUCACAGUCGAGAAGACUGGUGAAAUGCGGGGAGCUGAUGGCACUGGAUUUCAACAGCCUGAGUCCAAAGUGGAAAGUCACCACACGCCCUAUAUACCUGCACCUCUUCAAUGACUGCCUGCUCCUGUCUCGUCCCAAGGAGGGCGGGCGCUUUGUGGUGUUUGACCAUGCUGCAUUCUCAGAUGUGCGCGGGGAGAAGUGCGAGGUGAAGCUGCAUGGAGCAAACAAGAAUGUCUUCCGUCUCUUCCUGCUUCAGAACAACCAGGGGAAGAGAGUGGAAUUCCUCUUCCGCACGGAGACACACAGUGAGAAGCUGCGGUGGAUCUCUGUCCUGGCUCCACCACGAGGAGAACCUGAUCUCUUAGAAAGCCCAGAUGCACCCCAGGUUCAAUGCCUAAGGGCAUACAAAGCCAGGGAGAAUGAUGAGCUGUCUCUAGAGAAAGCCGAUAUCAUCAUGCUUAUGCAGAACAGCAACGACGGUUGGAUGGAAGGAAUAAGACUUUCAGAUGGAGAGAGAGGCUGGUUCCCCUCAGACUAUGUGGAGGGGAUAUCCAGCAAACAUGUGCGGCAGAAGAACCUGAAAGAGGAACAGCGUGUGAAGAAUGCCAAGCAGCAGGUCUUCUGCAAGAAAUAAGUCUCCUUUUCCCAUACAGACCCCUACCAUCUCUAUCGCACGGAGAAGCCAUGUUUCCUUAGUACGCUUCAGAACACGUGCACUUUUGCCAAGAUUGAAAGUCAGCAUUAGUUGCAUCAAAGUGCUAUUACCAAAGAAAGAAGGAACUCUUGUGAGGAGAAAAAAUAUAUAUACAUAAAGAUCGCUUCCUUUGGGUCAUCAGGACUACAGAAGCAGUAGAAGAGGGGGAGGGGAAAGGCUGCACAUAUUGCUUAUGUUGUGCCAAGAUGAACUGUAAUCAAAGAAACAGAGGACUGCCUGAGUCAGGACUCCUGGGAACCUAUUCCCAGCAUUGCUACUGACAAGAGGCAUGACCUUAGGCAAGUCAUUUGAGAACUCUGCCUCAGUUUCCCCAUCUGUAAAAUGGGGUCAAUACUUACCUACCUCACUGGAGUUUGUGAGGCUAAAUUCAUUAGUAUUUGCAAAGCAUUUUGGAGUUCCUGAAAAGUAAGGCAAUAUAGAAGUGCAAAGCACACUGUAUUUAAGGGUUGGGAAAAGCUUUACAUUUUCACCCUCUUUCAGGUGCUUUUAGAUAGUCUUGAUUCCCACAUGAUGCUACCCACUUUGAACAAUUCAUCUACGUAAUGGGUGAAAUUUUCUACUGAUGUAAGUAAGUAGGUGCUGUUCUGUUGGCUUGAAACAUGUUCUGUGCACUUGUGCCAGUAAGUUUCAUUGGCUUGUCAUUUGCUGGGUUUUUUUCUGGCCAGCAAGAGGGAGAAUUGUUUCCCCUCUGAUCAGUAUUGUUGCCUUCUUUUUGGUGAGAUGCUUUUCUUUAGUGAAACUGUUCCAAAAUGACAAGAGAGUUCUGGCUGCUUUACUGAAGAUUUCUUGAAGAAGUCUCACUUGCAGGAAGUGCUGACCACCCACCUUCAGAAAGUGAAUCCCUUUAAGGCAUCUCAAGUUGGACCAAUGGGUCACUCAAACACUAGUCUUUUUUUUUGGUUUUGGUUUAGUUUUAACUCCUUGGCGAAGGCUUUGUUUUUAGGUAUUGGUACGUGCCCUGCACAAAAUGACCAAGGUUAAGGGAAGUGGAACUGCAUUGCACAUACAUAACCUAUGAUAGCCGAUGCGGUACUCCAUGCAACAUUUUGCACAAUUCAUAAGACACAUGGAAGUAGUCAGCCACCACAGAUUUUCAAAACUGCACUUUGUUGAGGUUUUAUUCUUGUACAGACUCAUCUGGUUCCAAGUACAAGUUUGUGUGCUGUUCUGCUUUUCUGCAUAUUCUGUUUGUGGGUAAACACUGCUUCAACUAUUUUUGCUUCUCUGUUAAACAAGAGGAAGGGGGUUUUGCAUUUAAUUAUGUUAAUGCAAGAUCAAGAUUGAGAAUUUAAACACACCAAAGACAGAAAGCAAUACAUGCUUCCUAAUGCAUUCUAAUAUAUUUAGAGAGUAAUCUACCUUGCUGUUUCUGGCUCUUGGUUUUUUGUAGUGCCCUUUCUGCCUUUAAAGAUCCUGCUUAUAAUGUACCAGACACAGCUUGUUCUGACCUGUGUCAGUUGUUUAAGCAGGAUUUAAAGAGAGACAGAAAAAAUACUUAAGAUGCUUUUUAGUCUUAAUAAACUCGUGCACUUCUCUCAUUAAUAUAUACAAUGUUUACUCUUAUUUUUCCCUAGUUUUUCUGUGCCUGUAAUAAUUGCCAACACCUGAACUUUCCCCUCACAAAAACUGAUUUUUUAUGCAAAAGUUGAUUCACUGGAGUGUGUUGUAACAGUCAAGAUUGAGGAUAAAAGUUCCUUUGCUUCUUAAAGUCCUAUGUCCUGGUUGAUGUAGAACACAGAAUCAUAGUAAAAUAAGGCUGUAAGGGGCCUCAAAGUCAUUCAGUCAAACCUUCUGCUCAAAGGAAAGUUAUCCCCACCUAAACCAUUCCAGUCAAGUCUAACCUACUCUUAAAGUUUCCAAGAAUAGGGAGUCUAGGUAAUCUAUUCCAGUGUAUAACCACCCAUAUAAUAAGAAAGUUCACCCUAUAUUUCCCU